AAUUUAAGUGUUACCAAACGUUGCUCAACACUGCUCUAAACGCGCUUACAAGUGGACAAUCUGCCAACACUUGCGUAUAAAGACAAUUUGCAAACUACGAAGUAAAUAAGUAAUAGUUAAGAAAUAUACAUAUCAAAUGGGUCGCAAAAGUAACAGGAAACCGAAACAACCAACAUCUGGAAAAAUGGAGCAAAAAACAAAGAAGUCACCGUACCAAAUCAAAGUGGGAGACUUUGUGUUCGCCAAGGUGCCCGGCUUUUGUGCGUGGCCGGCGCGUAUUCUGCAAGACGAGGGCAAAAUGUAUCGCGUGUACUUCUACGGCUCCAACAACAUUUGCAAGGUGACAAAGUCCCAGAUCUUUGAGUACGAGAAGUGGAAGGAUCGCUUCGGCAAUGUGGAGAAAAAUACAUUCAAUAUUUUCAAGGAUGCGAUGAAGCACGUUGAAUAUUCGAUCGCCCAUCCUGGCAAUGAUGAUAGUUACUUUCAGGCACUGGCCACGUUGGGUAUACCGAAUCUGGCCAAUUUGCCCGAUAAGAAUUCUCCUGCCGCACCCCUCUCACCUUCCUCAUCAUUUGCGUCGCCAGAAUGGGGCAUGCGUAAGAAGAAGAAAACCGCACCAUUUAUACAUAUUACAGGCGACUCGGAUUAAGUCAAAAUGAUAAGUUAAGUUAAACAAAGUUUGUCUUUCUAAAAGAAUAAAAUAAUUGAAGUGUUGCUUUUU